AAACAAGCGCGCAAAAAUAUCAAACUGACCUCAUGCAUUCCUGAGUGUACGCACGCCGUCUCAAAUCUCUCGAACAAUGAAGUAUUUUCCGCUGCGAUCUCUCAAACCCCUGAACUGAUCGCUAUGUUUCGGAUUUGGAGCCCUGCACGUCUUCUGAGGACUUCAUUGCAGAAUGCCGAUCCCGUAAUGAUGCCCUAGCCUAAUCUCUCUUCCAGAUUGAACUUCAAGAAGUGCGUUCUCGAUCUUCUGUUUUCAGUGACUCUUCAUUUUGAUCACCACAUGGCUUCAUCUUCUACUCGUAGAAACCACAAGCAAGGGAUGAGGCAGUUCAACUCUGGCUGAAGGGGCUUAAAGACGUAGCUUAUGAUGUUGAUGAUGUGUUGGAUGAGUUACUGUACGAAAUGCUACGACGUAUAGUGGAGAUUCAAAACCAAAUGGUGAAGAAGGUAUGCAACUUCUUUUCAUUCUCCAGCCCCAUCAUAUUUCGUCUCAAGAUGGCUCAUAAAGUAAGGAAUGCCAAUAUCUCGCUUGAAAAAAUUAAAAGCAAAGCAAUUUUAAUUGGACUUAUACCAAUGCCAUCUGUAGAUACACCUGCUCCAAUAAGAGAAAAUCGUGAGACUGACUCCUUUGUAGAUGAUUCAAAAAUUGGAAGGGAAGAUGAUGUAUUAACUAUUGUAAACAUGUUGACUAGCACAAAUAACCACAAAAUCAUCACCGUAAUUCCCAUAGUUGGGAUGGCAGGCAUUGGGAAGACGACACUUGCUCAACUAAUCUACAAAAAUGAGCAGGUAAAUGAACAUUUCGAUGUAAAAAUAUGGGUAUGCGUGUCUGAAAAUUUCAAUGUCAAAAGGAUUAUAAAAGGGAUUUUGGAAUCUAUUGCCAAGAACGAGUACCAUGGGCUUGAAAAUUUGGAUAACAUACUUAAAACCAUUAAGAAAAAGCUGGAAUGGAAAAAAUAUCUUCUUGUACUUGAUGAUGUUUGGAAUGAAAAUCCAAAUAAGUGGGAUGAUCUAAAAAGUCAUUUGUUGGCAGUUAGUAAAAAAAUGGGAAAUGUGAUUGUUGUAACUACUCGCAAUGAUAAAGUAGCCUCAUUUAUGGAGACAAUUCCUAGUUAUCAUUUAGGGACACUAUCGGAAGAAGAUUGUUGGGCAAUAUUUAAGCAAAAGGUAUUUGCAAGUGGCGGACCCCUUGAGACUUCAGAUUUGAUUGUUCUAGGAAGGGAGAUUGUGAAAAAAUGUGGGGGUCUUCCAUUAGCAGCAACAGUGUUGGGAGGGAUCAUGCAUUAUAAGAGGGAGAAACAGGACUGGUUAUCAAUUUUAAAUAGUGAUAUUUGGGAUUUACCUGAAAAUGAGGAUGGAAUCCUACCUGUGUUGAAGUUGAGUUUUGAUAGUUUGCCAUCAUCUUCUCUAAAACGAUGUUUUGCAUAUUGUGCAAUAUUCCCCAAGGAUUUUACAAUUGAAAGGGAUGAUUUAGUCGAACUUUGGAUGGCUCAGGGAUUGCUUCAGCCUUCUGAAAAGAGUAGAAUGGAGAUGGAGGAUUUAGGUUAUGAGUAUUUUAAAAUUUUGUUAUAUAAUUCAUUAUUCCAAGAUGCUACAACAGAUUAUUUUGGUAAUAUCCAAAAGUGCAAGAUGCAUGAUCUUGUACACGAUCUUGCACAAUCUAUUUCAAGAUCUGAAAUCUUAGCUUUGGAGGCUAGUCAGCUGAAUGAAACUAUUCCUGCUCGACAUCUUUCAUUAAUUUCUGACAAAGAAUUUGUAAAUACAAUUCCAAAGAAUAAUGUUCGAAAAUUGCGUACAUUGUUUUCAAAGGUUGGAGUUUCUAACACUAUGUUAUUGAACUUGGGAUGUUUGCGCAUUUUAAAUCUGAAUAGGGCUGAUUUAGAGGAGCUUCCAAUUUCAAUUGGCAAGUUGAAACAUUUAAGAUAUCUAAAUGUUUCAUGGACGAACAUCAAAGUGUUGCCUAAAUCCAUUGCCAAGCUCUACAAUUUGCAGACAUUAAAACUUAUGUGUUGCAGUUCUCUUGAAGAGCUUCCAAGAGAAAUGAGAAAGUUGAUCAAGCUGAGACAUUUACAUGUUGACAGUGAUAGUGAUGACAUAAGGAAGCAAAUGCCGACUGCGAUGGGGAGGCUAGUUGAUUUGCAGACAUUACCAUUCUUUGCGGUGAGUUGUCGAAGGGGUUACCGAAUUGAAGAGUUGGGACCACUGAACAGACUCAAAGGGAAGUUAAAGAUUUACAACCUCGAGCAUGUGGGAAACAAAGAAGAAGCCAAGAGAGCAAACUUAAUGGCAAAAACUAACAUAUUCACGCUGGGGCUGAUUUGGAGUCGGAAAAGAGAAGGUGAUGACAAUAUUAAUGAUGAGGAAGUGUUGGAAGGACUCCAACCUCACCUGAACUUAAACAAACUAAAGAUUGAGAACUUUGGAGCGGAUAAAUUCCCAUCAUGGAUGACGAUGAUGGUGAAUCUUCAGGUCUUGAAGAUAGAGGAAUGCCAUGAACUAGAUUCCAUUCCAAGUAUACAUGGCUUCACAUUCCUCAGAAAGUUGGUGAUUAUAGGAUGCAGUGCGUUGAUCUCUCUACCGAGGGGGUUGCAGUCCUGCAAGUAUUUGGAGGAGCUAACUGUAGAAGAGUGUUGUAAUCUGACUUCCAUUCCAAAUAUACAAGAGUUGUGUUCUCUUUCCAUCUUAAGAAUUAUUGACUGUGAAACACUAAUGGAAUUGCCUGAAGGGCUAUUAUGCUGCCUCACCAGCUUGUGGAGUUUGACAAUUGGUAGGUUUUGGGAGGAGCUUGAUUUUUUCCCUUCUCUUCUUUGUCGUGCUUGUAGUAGUUGCACUGGCUGUAGUGCAGUGGAUCUGAAUGGUCACCACCACCACCUUAUAUCACUUGAAGUAUUAGAAUUACAUGGGUGGCCUGAGCUCAAAUCUCUGCCUGAUCAAUUACAGCACCUAUCUAGACUUAGAAGUAUGGAGAUUGUUGAUUUUGAUGGUUUGGAAGCUUUACCAGAGUGGCUAGGAAGGCUUUCAUCUCUUGAAAAGCUGGAAAUUUCAGGUUGUGAGAACCUGCAGUAUCUGCCUACUGCAGAAGCCAUGCGACGUCUCUCCAAAUUAAGAUGGUUGGGUGUCUUUGACUGCCCUCUCUUAGAAGAAAGAUGCAUUGAGGAAACUGGCUCGGAGUGGUCUAAGAUUUCCCAUAUUCCAACACUGAAUAUUGUGUGAUUUAAUGCUAUCAAUUCAAUGUCUUGUUUAAAGCAUAAUGGUGGUCAUAUCCUUUUCUCAAGGUUCAUUAUGAAGUGCUGAUUGAGAAUAUCCUCCAAAAGAUUGCAAGUGUCAAUCCUCUCUCAACCAAACUCAAAAUUGCUCUACUGAUCUCCGUGGCCAACUGAUCACCACCAAUGUAUUUCGAAAUGAUUAUGGAAAGGGAGAACAGAGCCUAAUUUUCUUCUCAACGAAGCAUUGAAGACGCUCAGAGAAAAAACUGGAGAAAUUAAAGAAAAGGCAGGUGUUUGUUUCACCAAUAUGCACAUGUUUGGUGAUCAAGAAGAAUGGAAUGACAUAUAAUAGAAUUUGUCUUUACAAUUUUACACAUAACUUUUCUUUAUAUUUCCCUUUAAAUUCAUUCUAUUUAUUUGUACCAUGGGUAAAUACAUGAGAAUCUAAAAACAAUAGGAAGAGUCUUAUUGUGGGCCAUACAUAAUUGUGGUAUGAAGUACUAUUUCUCCUUUCUUAGUUAAUCACCUUAACAAAUUCUUGUAUUUAUCUUACAACAUUGUCAAAUUGUUAAUUUAUAUUUUGAAGUACUAUUGGCAUUUUGUUAUCAA